AUGGCUGGCGGAAAAGGCAAAUCUACCGGUGGGAAGGCUGGGCCCAAGGAGGUAGCAGGAAAGAGUCAGAAGUCGCAUUCGGCCAAAGCUGGUCUACAGUUUCCAUGUGGUCGUGUUAAGCGUUUCCUCAAGAAUAACACGCAAAACAAAAUGCGCGUUGGCGCCAAGGCUGCUGUCUACGUAACUGCUGUUCUCGAAUACCUGACUGCCGAAGUCCUUGAACUUGCUGGUAACGCAGCCAAAGACCUCAAAGUCAAGCGUAUCACACCUCGUCACUUGCAACUUGCGAUUCGUGGUGAUGAAGAGCUGGACACCCUUAUCAGGGCCACCAUCGCGUUUGGAGGCGUCCUGCCACACAUCAACCGCGCUUUGCUUCUGAAGGUCGAGCAGAAGAAGAAAGGUAAAGAGGCGUGA